GUAAUUUAAGUAAUUUGUGUUUGUGAGUGAGUGAGAGACCCAAGACCAUUACUGAUAUUAUGCUGAAUAUUCAAAGGCGCGGUGAUCCAGGCCUAGCAGAUUACUCAUCUUGUGCUAUAAUAGACCCAGAGACAGUGUAUGUUAACUGUCUCUGAUUAAGAGAGACCUAGGCCUAGUCUAGCCUAGCCUGUAAAUCUAUGACAUUGACCAAGGCCAGCCAGUCAACUGAGUCAACUCAAGGUUUGUAAACUCCUUGGGUGGACUCAUAGAGUUAUCUCCUUUUAAACUAUAGUCAGAGACACUGUUAUAGUGUACAUACAUCUAUGGGUGGACUAGAUCUAAUCUUGCCACAAAGGAUAUAUUCUAUGUAGAACUAUGUCGGCUGUGUUGUAGAGCUAAAAAAUGUGUAAACAUUUUAUUUUUAUUGCUUCUAUAAUCAAUACAAAACAAUGUUUCCCAACAAAAAUACAAGUCAUGAUAUGUGGAGCUCAAUUAAUUAUCAGAAGGUCAAAACAAGUCACAUAUUAAUCACAAAUCGUCUAGAUUCUAAAUUUAGAUAUCUAGAUUCAACCAAAGUCAAAACCUGGCAAAACUAAGGAAUUCUCUCUCAAGAAAGUAACGAUGUGCGCAUUCGUUUGAGAGACCCACUUUUGGGAGAAGAACGUCAAGAUCUUGAUUUUGUAGGCUAUACAAUCUGAAAGUAAUUAGGUAUCGCAGCCAAUGUGGUUAACCGAAAAACCUUUACUGAAAUGCAACCAGCGUCAAGAACCAGAUCAGUUGAAGUGAAUCCUCUAUAAGUGGGCUGACUGUUGUCUUCUUGUGCUCAUGAAUGUAUUUCCAUGCAGCAUUUGUUUUCAUUCACAUUUCAUUUAUUUUAGCCAUGGCUAACGCUUUUUUGUAAAUUUUUUUUUUUCAGCUCCAUUGACUCAUUUUAGAUAAUUUGUGGAGUUGGGCUGCUUCAACCGUGACUCUCAGUCAAGGCCAACCCAGGCAACAUCCUGGCAGACAGACAGAGAACCUCGAUAAAAACAUAAUCGCUCAGGACUGGUAAAAGAUUUGACAACUCCAACCAGAUGUUCAAAGCACAGAAAAGUCCAGUCUCAGCUCAGGCACCUAGGGCUCAAUUGGACCUUCCAGGUAGUCUUCGUAAAGUGGAUUCUUCUGCUAGUAUUUGGAGUGGAUCAACAGGCUCAAGGGUGAGCAUUGAUGAGCAAGUUCCUGCAGUGUCCCACUUUGUUCAUCAGCUUGAGAAUGCUGUGAACAUUAGGGUUGAAGAUGAUGAAGAGCCCGUCACAGUGCCAUCAUUUCUCUUGCGUGCAGUGCAACUUUACAACGAAAGACGUGCCCUAGCGUAUAAGUAUGAUGGAAAGUGGGAGGAAUGGACUUACGGACAGUACUAUCAAGAAGUUGUACAUGCUGCUGAAUCAUUUAUAAUGCUUGGCUUGAAUCCUCAUGAGAGUGUGGGUAUUGCCUGUUCCAACUCUCCCAUGUACUUCAUCAGUGCUCUUGCAGCUGUUUUUGCAGGGGGCAUAUUUGUUGGGAUCACAUGUACGAAUGUGAAGAACAUCCUACUGCACAUGCUGAGGGAAUGCAAGGUCAACAUCAUGGUGGUGGACUCUCACAAAAAUAUCAAUCAGAUCCUUGAUAUUUGGAGUGACUUACCGUCUUUGAAAGCUAUCGUGAAUGCUGAUGUUUGCGCAAACCUCUACCACACCAACCCAAGAAUUUACCUCUGGAGGGAUUUUCUGAAGCUGGGAUUAGAGCUGCCGUCUGCCAAACUGUCUCACCGUCUCAACAUGCUGGCUCCAAACCGAUGCUGUGCUGUUUUUUAUCCAUUUGUCAACCAUGACACAACAUUUUUACCGAAUGGAGUGAUGGUCAGUCAUGAUAAUUUGACAUACAUGGCUCAACUGCUGGUACGGAAAUUCAUUAGUGAGUACCCUGACCUGGACACACUCAAUGAGUUCCGCCUGAUGAGCUACCUCAGUUUGAAUAGUCCCUUUGCUCUCAUUCUUGAGAUGCUAGUUCCCAUUUCCUUGGGUGGCCUGGUGAGCUUUGCUGAUCAAAAUGCUCUGAAGGGAACUCUGGCGCUCACCCUGAGGGAGGUUAAGCCUCAUGUUUUCUGUGGUACCGUAUUCGUGUGGGCUUUGCUUCAGAAAAGGUUGUUCAAACGUAUCAGGCAGAUGAGCUGUUUUCGAGGACAGCUUCUUCUUUUGGCUCGGAAUAAGUCUUUGCAGAGUUUUUACCGCCGGCUUGUCAAGUCUGAGGGCUCGUCAAUGUUCCGUCCUGGGAAAUUUGUCAGCUAUGUGACCAACAAAGUGAAACGAAAGCUGGGCUUGUCCUGCUGUAAGCUGUUCCUCUCGUACGAUGGCUCUCUCAAAGUCGAGACACUUGAGUUCUUCAUCAGUUUGGGUAUUCCCAUCAUUGAGCUCUUCACAUCCACUUUACUGUCAGGUCCACAUUCCAUGGGAGGCUACUGCCAGUAUCAAAUGGGCUCUGUUGGUAAGGAGCUGAAUGGUUUUACAUCGAAGUUCACGGAAAAGAAAGGAAAGAAUAGAAAGAUGUACGCCAAGGGUCGUCAUGUCUGCAUGGGAAUUCUUCAUCAAGUCAACCUGCAUGUCAUGGACCAUGAGGGCUACGUCUACACUGGAAUCUCAGCGUAUAAAGGCCGUCAUGACUUUCUCUAUACCUGUUCUGAUUUAAAAGAAGUGCUGAUUCUGGAUAAUGGGUGUACUGUGGCGUACCCCCCAAUUGAGAAUCUGUUUAAAGACACACUGCCCAUUGUGAGCCAUUGCAUGCUGGUUGGUCAUAUGCGCAGCUUUGCUGCCAUUCUGCUCACUCUGAAGUCCGAGGUGUGUCCCACCACUUACAAGCCAACAAAGAUCCUGGCUCGAUCAGUCCAGAUAUGGCUGCGGCAGCGCGGCACCAAUGCCACCACUGUGUCGGAAAUCAUCCAAAAGAAGAGCACAUCAGUUUAUGAGGCAAUUGAGGAUGCCAUCAUCUCAGUGAACAAGAACCUGAAGCAUCAAUCAGCCUGGAUACUUAAAUGGAGGGUUCUUCCCAUUGAGUUUUCCUUACUUGAUGGGGAGCUAGAUCCAAUCACAAUGGAACUCAGACGAGAUAUUAUCAGUAAAAAGUACAAAGAUGUGAUUGACGGAAUCUAUUCCAGCUGAGUCGCCUUGCUGUUCUCAGUUUGACACUCUGCCUAUGAUAGACUGUCUGGUGAUGUUGAGAUGUAUGAUUUUAUUUUCAGCUUGUGGUCAUAGUGGAAAGUCGUGUUAGUUCUUGCUAGAAACACACUCACUCCACCCUGGAUGUUGGGACACCACUUUUUUAGAAGUUUGCAGACUUGUUUUGUCUUGCAUAAUGACAUAAUGAAGUUUAGCUGUAAUAAGAAUUCUUAAUUCUUCAUUUUGGAGUUCUGUAUCUUUAAAACUGUUCCAUAUGCAGGAAUGUGGCUUUUAUUUGCAUAUUGUGUGCUGCUCAUUAUUUGAUGCUCAUUAUUUGAUGUGUAAGACUAUGUACUACUAAGUUCUUACAUUCUUGUAGUUUUUACAUUUGAAAACUUAUGUCCUGUUUUUGCUUUUGUUUAUACCGGUAUGUAUGCGUUUAUAAGGUCACCACCAUUCAAUUAGUUUCCCCUGUAAGUUCUUUUGUUGGGGCUCUUUUAUAUUUUAUUAUGUGUUUGUGCAAUACACCCUGAUCAAUAUUACUGCUAACAGCAAAGAAAAUGAGUAAUCUAAGUGUGAGGAUUCAAGGGAAAUAAGACAGGACGUACUGUUUACACAUUAGUGUAGUGCAUAAUUAUCCCCCCCCCCUGAUUAUUUCCGCAUUUCCUUAACUCUGUACUAUAAGAAAAAAGUGAGUGUUAUGAUCCAGCCCUAGCAGGUGCAAUGCGCUCUCAUGUAGGCUUGUAUAGAUCAGCUGAGUGUACAGUGCGACAUUUUGGGACUGAGAGACGAGCUGUGGGUGGGGGUGUGUGUAAUGAAUGUAGUCGAUCUUGCCUUAUGACGGGCUUUAAAAAA